UACUAUAUAAACAUAGACAUUAUUGUGCUAACCUUACAGUGGAGCCUGGUUACAGCGGUGUAAACAAUGGAGUUAAAACUGAUGUGCACAUUUGGAAUUUUUGUUCUGGAAGUGUCUGUUGUAUGGGCAGUUACAUUCUAUAAAGAAUUAAUGACUUGGCCGGACGCUGUCAGAUUCUGCAAGGAGUCUGGAGGCGAAUUGGUAAAAGAUAUCGCUAUACAGGAUGUACCACAAGAAAAGGCAUGGGUUGGACGUCGGAUAAAAGACGGUUAUAAAUUGGUGAUGACAAACGGUUGUUAUACUGUUCCCCCUAACGUCACGUCAGUCCGAAUACCAAAAGGAUCCUUCGUUGAAUGCCUGGAAGAAUGCCCGGAUUCUGAUUAUGUAGGAGCUAAUAAUAUUAGCUGUUUUUGUCUGACAAAGGACACAUUAAAAAAAAUGCACACCGCAAAGUUCUGUGAUUUCAUCAAAAGUAACAUCAACAUGUGUACCUGGUUAAGUCCUCCGAAAUUGUCGUGUGGCGGGAAUGGAAGGAUGUCAACAUACCGCUACCAAACACAAGGAUUUUCGUUGCCACUGAAUUAUACAGAUGGUACACACACAAUGCUGUGUGCCAAAUGGAAGGGCCGGGGCAAUGGAGGAGACUUGGUCUUAACUGGGUGUGAACAGCAACUGAAAGUCGUAUGUGCUAAUGGUUCCACCGGAUCACCGCGCGACUGGAACGCCGCUUUAAACAAAUGCUAUGACCUUGGUACAGAUCUACAGACAUGUGACAAAAAUGCUUCCUCGUGCCGCGCCACAAUAUCUCAAUCCAUAAAAGAAUUUUGGGUUGGUGGAUUUGGUUAUAAUGUGAUCGAGUACACCUCAGAUUAUGUCGACGUAAGUAACUCGUCAUUAUGUGGGACGUUUGGUCAACUGGGAGGAGUGGUUACAUACCUACCAUGUGGAGAAAAGCGUCCAUUUAUUUGUGACUUUACAUCACAUAUCUCGAUAUUGGCGAUUGUCGUGUCGAUUGUCGGACUGAUAAUUGCAGCAGUCGUUGUAGCGAUAUUUGUCAGAAGGUUUCGGAGGUCAAGGAAAUCUGCAGCCCUGGACAUACUCAGUCGCGAGAAUGACGAAAACCAGUCCGAUAUCAAUUUCGUCAGCAAUGAAUACAGAACCGUUGGAGACUCCCAAAUCGGUACUGGUGAGAAUCUUCGUGAUACUGAUGGUCAAGUCGGCACUAACUACGAUGAAAUACGCCCGCUUAAUUCAGGAUAUCUUGCUAACAACAGUACAACUAACGAUAACUAUGAUCACGCCAGAAUUGUCGAUUCACCGAACAGUACAUUUCAGGAUAACUAUGAUCAUAUGCAAAUAACAGGUUUGGCUCAUAAAACAAUUAACGACGAUUACGAUCAUAUGCCAAAACCAAAUUCAUCUGAACAAACGAGUGACGGUAACUACGAUCUCAUACAAAAAACAAAUCCUUCUGUUAAAAUAAUUGACGAUGAUUACGACCAUGUACAAAUAUCUUGAACAGAGUAAAGAAUGCUUUUCUGUGGGACGCCCAUCCUGUUCAUGGGCGUUCGUUUAUGUUGUUCUAUUCCGUCCUCGACAUACUGAUAGGAAGUUUGAUUCCGUAUUUUCAAGUGCUUGCUUUUCUAGUUCAGGAAGAGGGAUAACAGUUGCUUUUUUCACGAUUUAGAGACUUUGCCUGGUUUAUAAUGUCAUUAAAACAUUCUCUUUCUUUUCUGUUGGAUUGAGUCAUGUAAAUGAUAAAUGCAGCUUAUGGUUAUUUUCAUCAACAUUUCAAACAGCUGUUAAUAUAAAAACUAGCACGGUACUUAAUGUGUAUCAAGAGGAACCUUAAUUGAAAAGAUAAAGAUCUGUCUGGUACAUCCUGGGUGAUGGUGAUAACAAGCCGGAGCUGUCAAAAUCCAGCAUGGCUGUCCAGUGACCAUUUUGCUUUUUUUUGUGAAACUCAAAAUGUAACAUGCACAAAUUAGCAUGGAAUUUUAUAAAAAAAAAUCCAGUACUUCGUGUGAAAUACUGAUGACUUUGAAUUAUGUUCUUUCUGAUAACCUGCAGCUCAUAAACUUCAAGUUGGACACCUGUCGGCUAUCUCGGUUCUAUGACCUGUCGUAAGAUAAUUUACAACUGAAAAUGAUUUUCCAAUUAUUGGAUGAAUGGAAAAAUGUCCUUACAAUGUUCAUGAACCUUUUACUUUCUUUAUAUGUUAACUUACAAGACUAUUUGAAAUAAUGUUCUAGUAUAUACUAUGUACAUGCAAGCUUUUUGAUAUACAAGUUUAUGCAGUACAAAACUUCUUUAUACUAAAAUUGGUCUAUGUGGUGUGUUGUGAUGUUUGGGUAAGUAUGUACUUAUGUAUGUGGAGAAGUAGGUAUUUUCUGCAUAUGUUUUAUAUUUAUGUUAUUUAAAGAGAUACAUGACGCCGGAAACGGUUUUUUUGCGUUUUUCACAGAUUGACAGAGAAAGUGAUAUACCUUUUAAAUCAAUACAUAAUUAGAAUAUCCAACCAAAGUUGUCGAUUCGUCUUGCCACCAAACACUAGAAAUGUGUCCUCAUAAUAAAUGUAAAUUUGAAUCGUCCCGAUGGUUCUACGCGCCAUUGCUGAUGAAUAUUCAACAGAAGUUUCCGAAAACGAGUCACGUGAUAAUUCGGAACACAACAAAAAUGGAUAAGGAAGUAAGAAACACGUGGUUUGGUUUACGAUUUUAAAAUCGGUAUUUAAGCAUGUUUAUUAUAUUCUUGACGACCUGUUUAGAAUGUUACAAUGCAUUUAUAUGUGGGUAUGCGUUUUGAAUGGAAAAUGUGCCUGUUGCAAGCCUAGAUUGUUAGUUGAGACACUUCAGUGGUAGUUUUACAGUUUAGCGACGAACAAAAAUAGCUACCUGUCGAGAAGAAAAGAAGCAACAUCCUUGUUCCACCGCAACCCUAAUUCAGCCUUCAGUCAUUCAAGCUCCAGUUUCCGUCGUUUCCGAGCCGAAGUUGUUAAAUAUUCAACUGGACGACCACGUUUCGGUGCGUGUGUCGCCAUAUUGUUUUGGUUUUCGGAGGUCGGGUCAUGAGCUCGGGUCAUGAAGGUUACGUCAUGUCACGUAACUUGUAAUUAUGCAAAAUAGCCUUUUAUGGGAAUUUAUGCCGACCGGCAUUUAUUCAUUUUUUUUAUUUUUAUAUUUACAGCUCUAUCUUUGUAGAAACUUUUCAAACUUUGUAUUAGCAUAAAGUUUAUAACUUUCUCUAUCGAGGAAAAAUAAGGAUUUGUGUUGGGUUUUUUUUAUAAGAGAGAAAGAGCUUUUCCGGCGUCAUGUAUCUCUUUAAGUAUACUAUGUAUUUAUGUUUUCCUCUGCAAUGAAUGUGAAUGAUGCGUAAUGUAGGUAUGCUUGGAUGUGUAGGUUUGUUAUGUACGAUAUUGUAUAUACAUAUUUAUGUUUUGUGAUGUAAGAUUCUCGUGCACGUAUUUUGUAUUUUUUUUUUAUACGCUACGGACCAGAGGACCUAAUUUUAUGCCGGUUGGUCUAAUAUCUAAACAAGAGGCCCAAGAGGGCCUGUAUCGCUCACCUGAAUAUUUAAGCAGUCAUAGCAAACUAUUCUCA